GGGAGGGGCGAACGGGCGGCUCAGUAUCGGCCUCUUCACCUCCGGCAGACAGCUCCCUCACUACCCGCUACACAAAGCGACAUCACCGGGGAGACCGCGGGACCCGGAGCCAGGGAACUGCACUCACAGGUUCCAUCUCCCAUCAAUGACUGUUUAAUCUUGCUCAGACUGAACAACCUGGUCUGACCCCUUCCACCACCAGACACUGCCACAGGCUGACACCCACUGCUUAAAUGCGGUACGGACCCAAAAUGAUGCCGAUGUUUCUCACGGUUUAUCUCAGUAACAAUGAGCAGCAUUUUACCGAGGUGCCAGUAACUCCGGAGACCACAUGCAGAGACGUGGUUGAACUGUGCAAGGAGCCAGGAGAGUCAGACUGCCAUUUAGCGGAAGUUUGGCGCGGUUCAGAGCGUCCUGUGGCUGAUAAUGAACGGAUGUAUGAUGUUCUACACAAAUAUGGGGCGCAGAAAAAUGAAGCACGCUUUUACCUGCGACACGAACGUUCUCAGUCUAGGGAAUCGGUAAAUUCACAGAGAGUUAACGACCCAAAUAUAAAAAGAAAUGGAGUGCAAGUCCCAGCUGAUCGCCGGAUUGAGAACGGGGUAAAUGGUCCAAGGAUGGACAUGACUUUAGCAGAAUUACAAGAAAUGGCAGCCCGACAGCAGCAGCAGAUUGAGGCGCAACAACAAAUGCUGUCCACCAAGGAGCAACGCCUAAAAUACCUGAAGCAGCAGGGCCACAGACCGCAGCAGCAAGCCAGUGAGCAGGAGAAACUAAAGAGACUGCGAGAGAUUGCAGAGAACCAAGAGGCCAAGCUCAAGAAAGUUCGAGCACUCAAAGGUCACGUGGAACAGAAAAGGCUCAGCAAUGGGAAACUAGUGGAGGAAAUCGAACAGAUGAACAACUUGUUCCAGCAAAAGCAGAAGGAGCUGGUGGUGGCUGUAUCCAAAGUGGAGGAGCUUAGCCGGCAGCUGGAGAUGCUGAAGAAUGGCCGAAUUGAGGGUUACCAUGACAACCAGUCAGCCGUUGCUGAGUUAGAUCGAUUAUACAAAGAGCUGCAGCUGAGGAACAAACUGAACCAAGAGCAGAAUGCCAAGCUGCAGCAGCAGAGAGAGAGCCUGAACAAGCGAAACUCUGAGGUGGCGGCGAUGGACAAACGCGUGAGCGAGCUGAGAGAUCGUCUAUGGAAGAAAAAGGCUGCACUGCAGCAGAAGGAGAACGUACCAAUUUCGUCUGAUGGGAAUCUACCUCAGCAGGUAGCGGGUUCCACCAGCAGGGUGGCAGCGGUGGGUCCAUAUAUCCAGUCUGCCACCAUGCCACGUCUUCCCUCCAGACCGGAGCUGCUUGUUAAACCAGCCUUAUUGGAAGGACCGGCAACUACACAAGUGCCAGAUGUGCCACUGAAGUCACAAACCCUGCCCAACAUGAGGGUUCAGGGGAAGGGGCCAGCUGGCACUGGGGUCUACAGUAUUCAGCCAGAGCCAACUGGGAUAGAUUGGAGCAAUGUAAAUGGAGACAGCCAAGGGACAGAGAAAAGCUCUGUGACAGCUGCGGCUCUCGUGGACACAGACCUAUCUGUAAGGGAGAAGGACAAGAAGACCAGGCCUUCUUCAAUGUUUGAUUCAGUUGAGCAGCCCCCGGUGCCUCCUAACUUUGGAACUUUACGAAAGAAUCAGAGUAGUGAGGAUCUCUUACGGGAUGCCCAGGCUGUCAAUAGAAAUGCGGGGAAGGUACCACCACCAGUACCCUCCAAACCAAAACAGGUCAAUUUACCUUACUAUGGCCAGCCCCUUUCUGUGGACCAAAACUCCCAGAAAUCCUCUUCAUCUUCUUCUUCGUCAUCAUCUUUGGCUUCUACAGGGAGCAAACAGAAAAUAGCACAGCAAAGAAUUCCUCUUCCUCCAAACCAUGAACAACCCCCACCUGCCAAAACUGAUAACCCACCUGCUGUAGCAGUUCGUCCUUUUACUCCACAACCGGCCAAAGAGCCACCACCUCCACCAUUACGGAAACCUCAGAUGGUGGCUGCAAGUUCCAUUUACUCAAUGUAUACACAGCAUCAAAAACCUGGCAAGAGUUACAGUGUACAAGGUGCCCUUAGCCGUGCUCAGACUCGGCCACCAUUACCUAGUGUUUAUGGCAAACCAGUGAUUGGUGGAUCCCAGAAUCAGUCUUCCUACAGUCAUCCAGCAGAUAACACUUUCACUGAUGGAUCAGCUAAAUCCAGCAGCCCUGAUCCAGAAUCCGAAUCCACUAAUUCUGGCAUUGAGAAUCAAGAGACUGAGCGAAUUCCUCGGCCACUAAGUCCAACCAAACUCCUUCCAUUUUUGUCCAAUCCAUACCGAAACCAGAGUGAUGCAGACUUAGAGGCGCUGAGAAAGAAACUUUACAAUGCCCCUAGACCUUUAAAAAAACGCAGCUCUAUCACUGAGCCUGAAGGACCAAAUGGGCCAAACUUUCAGAAAAUUUUGUAUCAGAGGACUACUCUUGCUGCUAUGGAGACGAUUGGUGCUCCUAAACAGUCCCCCGUAGUGUCCAUAUCGGAAAGCUUGGCAGAGGGCCAGAUUGAGCAGAUUACUGUAAGUCCAGAGGUGGACAUAUCCUCCGACACCACAUCAUCUCUCCAGGUUCUUGAUUUCGAUCCAAAUGAUGUCAUUAGUGUAUCCACAGAGGAAAUAGAACUUCCUUCUCCAGUCUUGGGUCCAGACAGCAUACCUGAGGGUAUACCAAAUGAUCUUCCCCCUCCCCCUCCUCCACCCCCUCCUGUUGAAGAAGCACCGUCCCCAGAAGAGCAACAGUCAACCGAAAGCUAUAUUGAAGAGUACCCGCCUUAUCCCCCACCUCCUUACCCAACAAUUGGAGAACCGGAGAGCCAUACUGAAGAUUCAUUUAAUAUGCGCCCUCCAGAGAUUACAGGCCAGUUCUCUCUUCCUCCCGGUAAAAGAACAAACCUCCGGAAAAAUGGAUCAGAGCGUAUUGCACAUGCAAUGCGAGUCAAAUUUAACCCCCUGGCGUUGCUUCUUGAUUCCUCUCUGGAGGGGGAGUUUGACCUUGUACAAAGAAUAAUAUAUGAAGUUGAAGAUCCUAGCCAGCCCAAUGACGAAGGCAUCACUGCCCUGCAUAACGCAGUGUGCGCCGGACACACGGAGAUCGUCAAGUUCCUGGUACAGUUUGGCGUGAAUGUCAAUGCAGCAGACAGCGAUGGCUGGACCCCAUUGCACUGCGCUGCUUCCUGUAACAACGUGCAGGUGUGCAAGUUCUUGGUAGAAUCCGGUGCAGCGGUGUUUGCUACGACUUACAGCGACAGACAGACCGCUGCGGAUAAAUGUGAGGAGAUGGAGGAAGGCUACAGUCAGUGCUCCCAAUUUCUUUACGGUGUGCAAGAGAAGAUGGGGAUCAUGAACCGAGGAGUGAUCUACGCCCUGUGGGAUUACGAGCCAGAGAAUGAUGAUGAGUUGACCCUGAAGGAAGGAGACUGUAUGACUGUCCUGAGGAGGGAGGAUGAAGAUGAACAGGAAUGGUGGUGGGCACGCUUACAUGACAAAGAAGCAUACGUUCCUCGCAACUUGCUCGGGCUGUACCCAAGGAUUAAACCAAGGCAAAGGACACUGGCUUAAAUUCGAUGACCUAAACCUUGUAUGAAGUAUUUUUUUAAAAGGACUAUUGUAUGGUCAGACAAAUUCACCAGCUACAUAUCCAUGUAACUUGAAAGCAAUGGUCUCUAAUUGUAUUUUUAAAAACAAAUGAAGGAUUGCGAUGUAUGUAGAUGGCUGCAUGUACAAACUGAGGACUCUGUCAACGCAUCUUCUCUGUGGUGGAUAAAGAGAUGUUGUUCGGCCCAUUUCUUGGCAAGAAUUUUGGACUUCUCUCGCAUGCUGAUCAUGUGACUGACCCAUUCAUAAUGCCGGCUUACCUGUUCACAUAACGGUCUCCCAGUCUAGACGUUCUCUGCUAUGAAAGAAUAGCACAGUUCUUUAGAAAGCAAGUCUCCAUGGAUGUGAUGUGUUUUGUAAUAUAAACUGAAAGGCUGAUCGCAUUAUUUUCAUUUUAUUUUUUUAUAUUUUUUUGUGCAUUUAUUUUCUUACAUUUUUUUCCCACUAAUAUAAAGUAGAACAAUUUUGCAGAAAAAUGUGUAGUUUUAGAUAUGUCCAGUAUUUUACUAAAAACAAAAAAAAAAAUGUGUUUUU